AUGGUGACGAGAAAGCCUGUCCCCUCUCGCGAUCCCGAGCCAGCUGCCUCAGCGCCGUAUCCUGCCUCUCCUAUAGCUCCUUCUGCACCCAACGGCCACGCGGCUGCCUAUCAACCACCGCACGACUCCGAUCUCUCACUACAGCGAACUAGGAGCAGUUCGGCUUCCUCGCACAACACAUGGAACUCUGGCUUCUCUUCUGAUCACGAAGACGACAGCAAUGAACAGCCAAAGCCAGAUUCGGCAGACAUUCCUGCUUCACUAAGAGUUGGUCGUCCUCAAGCUCCAGAAGCUCAACACUCUUUCCAAUCGCAUAACCCAUACCACAAUCUGCACAACCAAUCCCAACAGCCGACGCAAUCUCAGCCUCUGCCAUAUCCUUCCGAAGACAGCCAGUCAAUAUGGAGCUCAACACCUGCCCAUCCCACUACUGCUCCUCCAGCCCCACCAUCAUAUCCUCCUCCUUCUUUACCUCCUGCGCCUACCUUCGCUGCCCUGUCGCUGGACGACCAUGUGCAGCAAGAUACCCAUAAUACAACACUUGAACCACCGCCUCCAGAAAUACCUCAGAAAAGCAGUAGAAGAAGUCUGAUCUCGCAAACAUCCUCGAACCCAUGGCAACAAGACCUCGACAGAGAACAAACCUUACAAAAUCCCUGGCAAUCUACUCCUAGCCCUCAACCACACCAGCUUGAUACUAUCUUCCACNCCUCCUCCAGGUCCACCUCCCUCGCAUGCCUUCCCCAACAACUCCCAGCCCACGCCCUCUCCUCCCCACCUGCUCCUGCUGCGCCGAACUUGGCUUUUAAUGCUCCUUCUGUUGCUCCUCCCGCCCCUCCGCUUCCGAACCAUCACUAUGGUCCUCCCGCGAACCAACAACCCUCUCCUGCGUCGCAAGCGUCUCAUGCUGUUCCAGCGCCCACUCAGCCAGAAACUUUGUCCUCACAUCCUCCUACUCUUCCUCCUGUCAGACAAGAAGAAUCUCUUAUAGACUUCAGCACCGACAAUGCUCUUCCGCCUCAAGCAACGGGUCCUCAACCGCUUAACACGCCUCAACCUGAACAUAGCACUAAUCUUUCUGCGCCGAUUCAAUCUGCUGAAGAGUUACUCAGUAAACAACGCAACGAGACGUACCAGAUCAAGCAUAUCAACUGGUUCGAUGCAACCGCCGGACCUAAUGGCCAUAUGCGACGCAGUCCCAUCUUGACGCAGAAUGCCAACGGUCCUUGUCCUCUGCUUGCUCUUGUCAAUGCUCUGACUCUGUCAGCGCCCGAGUCGCCCAAGACAGUCCUGGUUGAUACUCUCAGCUCACGCGAACAAAUCAGCCUCGGUCUUCUCUUGGAUGCUGUUUUCGAGGAGCUCGCAAGGAGAACCGAGAUCUCGAGCAAAGCACUCCCCGAUGUUGGCGAGCUCUACACCUUCCUCAUCACAUUACACACUGGCAUGAAUGUAAAUCCGCGAUUUGUUGCUGCCCAGGAUGCUCCGCAAGGACAACCCGGCUGUUUCGACGAGACGAGAGAAAUGCGCCUCUACAGCGCAUUCGAAAUGCCUCUCUUCCACGGCUGGGUUCCGCUCUCUAAUUCAUCAGCUUACGAAGCUUUUGACCGCUCAGCCAAAACCUUCGAUGACGCACUAAACAUUGAGACUGCCCAGGCUGAGCUUGAGCACAAGCUAGGGACUGAUGGACUAUCAACCCAAGAACAGCAGAUGUUUGAGGAUAUCAUCUUCGUUAAAGAGUUUCUCACGACCUACCCCACUCAGCUGACUGAUCAUGGUCUCAAGCUGAUUGCAAACUUCCUGCGACCAGGUCAAAUCGCCAUCUUGUUUAGAAACGAUCACUUCUCGACACUGUACAAGCACCCAAGAAGUGGCACGCUCAUGAAUCUCGUGACGGAUGCAGGCUACUCGUCUCACGAUGAAAUUGUCUGGGAGAGCUUGGUAGACGUCAGUGGUGCAGCUGGCAGUUUCUUUUCCGGUGAUUUCAGACCAGUAGGAAACACCUCGUCCGGAACUCAAAACGAAAAUGACUGGCAGACUGUACCUACACGAAACCACCGCAGCUCGCACAGUGGUACUGCUGAUUCGUCCCAAUCACAGCCACCAGCGGAACCUCGCGGACACGGGUCGGAACAGGAGGAUGCUGACCUAGCUCUGGCUCUUCAACUCCAGGAGGAAGAAGAGGACCAACAGCGCCGUGCCCAAGCAGCCCGACGAAGAGAAGAAGACGAGCUCUCACGCCAGUUCCUUGAGCGUGAAUCUGCGUCUUCCGGGCGUAGCCCCACCUCAGAGCAGCGUCCGCCAGUCCCUCCUCGAAGGAGCAAUAUGGGCAACAACAACAAUUCCAUCCCUUCCCGCAACGGCCCGCCUCCGACAGCAGACGCACCGUACAUCCGAGAAAGAGACGAUGGCGAUGAGGAACCACCUACAUACGAGCAGGCGGCUUCUGACAGACCAUUCCGACCAGCUGGUGCGACACGAGAUCCAAGGCAAGGGGAUGCUCUAGGUGCACUGACAGCGCUACAGAUGCAACAAGGUCCUUUCGCCAACCAGAACGGUAGUAACCCCAGCAUUCAAUCACCAUCUAUGCAUCGCAGACGCUCGAGUGCACUGAAUCUUGGGCGGACCAACAGCAACUCUCAGCGGCUCAGAAGGCGUGAGAGUCAAGGCCACGUUCUCCAGACUGCAGCGAGCCCUCAACCUGCACCACAAUAUUCUGGCUACGUUCCUCCUGGGACUGGUGGUAGAAUGACUCAGGCCGAAAGAGAAGAACGGUGUAUUGUGAUGUAG